GCAAUAAAAUUACUAUCAUUAAUUAGGAGGUGAUAAAGUUGGGACCACGUGAUUUUUUUAACGAUAACCCAAACUAUAAUCACAGCAGUACAUGGGCACUAUAGAUGGUUCCAGUGGAUAAGGUUCUUCUUCUCUGAGCUUCAGGGAUCAUGUACAGCACCACUCUCAUCCCUGCUUCUAGUUCUGGUCUUGCUUUCGCCUCACCGAUUCAGAGAACCCACCGAAAGCAGCACCACCAUGUUCGUUGGCAUUGCUCGUCGCUUUCUGCUGCAAGCGGCACCGCUACUCAAGUCUCAACCGUUCCAUGGGGCUGCGAUAGUGAUUCCUUGGAGAACGCAUCGGCGUUGCAGAAGUGGCUGUCAGAGUCAGGGCUUCCACCGCAGAAGAUGAGCAUACAGAGAGUUGAGGUCGGAGAGAGGGGCCUAGUUGCCUCAAAGAAUAUAAGGAAAGGAGAGAAGCUCCUCUUCGUCCCUCCCACGCUCGUUAUCACCGAAGAUUCCGAGUGGACCUGCCCCGAAGCUGGUGCAAUUUUGAAAAAGAAUUCGGUGCCGGAUUGGCCAUUGCUUGCAACUUAUCUCAUAAGUGAAGCCAGCUUCAUGAAAUCUUCAAGAUGGAGUAACUAUAUAUCAGCCCUACCUCGCCAGCCUUAUUCACUUCUUUACUGGUCACAAGCAGAACUAGAUCGCUAUUUGGAAGCUUCACAAAUUAGGGAGAGAGCAGUUGACAGGAUUAAUAAUGUCAUUGGAACAUACAAUGAUUUGAGGCUCAGAAUAUUUUCCAAACACCCCGAUUUGUUCCCUGAAGAGUUGUUCAACAUUGAGUCCUUCAAAUGGUCAUUUGGCAUUCUCUUUUCUCGUUUGGUUCGGUUACCCUCAAUGGACGGAAGGGUUGCCUUGGUUCCUUGGGCAGAUAUGUUGAAUCAUAGUUGUGAAGUGGAUACCUUUUUGGAUUAUGAUAAUUUAUCAAAGGGAAUUGUCUUUACUACAGAUCGGCCGUAUCAACCAGGUGAGCAGGUGUUCAUUUCAUAUGGAAAAAAAUCAAAUGGGGAGCUUCUAUUAUCGUAUGGAUUUGUUCCAAGGGAAGGCGCCAAUCCUUGUGAUUCAGUUGAGUUGUCAGUGUCACUCAAGAAAUCUUAUCAAUCCUACAAGGAGAAAUUAGAACUCUUGAAGAAGUAUGGAUUAUCAGGAUCUCAAUGUUUUCCAAUACAGAUUACUGGUUGGCCAUUGGAGUUAAUGGCUUAUGCUUAUUUAGCUGUUAGUCCUUCAAGCAUGAGAGCGCAAUUUGAAGAGAUGGCUGCGGCAGCAUCGAAUAAAACUACCAUCAAGAAAGAUUCAAGAUAUCCUGAAAUAGAGGAGCAAGCAUUGCAGUUCAUACUUGACAGUUGUGAAUCCAGUAUAUCGAAAUACAACAAUUUCUUACAGGCAAGUGGAUCUCUGGAUUUAGAUGUAACUUCUCCGAAACAACUCAACCGUAGACUUUUUCUGAAACAGCUCGCGGUGGACUUGUGUACAAGUGAGCGAAGGAUAUUAUUUCGUACUCAAUAUAUACUGAGAAGAAGACUGAGGGAUAUGAGGGCUGGUGAAUUAAGAGCUUUAAAAAUCUUUGAUGGGCUCCGAAAUCUUUUCCAAUGAGACCAUUCAUACAUGGUAGUCCAUAUAACUUUUGUCCCGGUUUUACCCUCCUUGUUUUAAAAGCAUGGAUCUCACCUUUUAAUAUUAUGAAAAAUUUGCUGAGGUCAUACAUGGUGAGUUUCUUUGUAUAAUGUAAGUCAAAAUUUUUACACUAAAAUUAGCUAUCAAUAUAUUUGUGUGUAAAUAUAUGUGUUGUUCAAUUUAUUUUCAAUGUGUAUUUA